AUGACUCAAACGACCCGACCUUUCAAAGUGAUUAUCUCAGGUGGAGGAGUUGCAGGUCUUAGUCUGGCAUUAAUGCUGGAAAAGGUUGGACUGGAUUAUGUUCUUCUAGAAGCCUACUCUGAAAUCGUUUCCAACAAAUCCGGCACGGGAAUCGUUAUGCUUCCUAAUGGAAAUCGCAUCUUGGACCAGCUCGGCUGCUAUGAGAGUCUUGUUCAUCUGGCAGGAAACCCUAUUGAAAGUGUCAGCUUCAAAGACCCCAGCGGAGAACUCUUGUCGUAUACAGAAGGAUGGCAAAAGAGAGCCUCAGAAAGGUAUGGAUAUAUGGCGCUCUGGUGUGACCGGGGUACGGUAUUGCAGGCCAUGUAUGACCAGAUAGAGGACAAAUCGAAAAUCUUGGUGGACAAGAAGGUCGAUGUCAUUCAACAGACAGACAGCGAAGUUGAAGUGACCACAGCGGAUGGAUCUGUUUACCGUGGUGAUAUCAUCGUUGGGGCAGAUGGGGUUCAUUCUCGCGUCAGGCAAGAGAUAGCUCACCAUGCCUCAAAGAUGGGUCUUGGUGAAGAAUACACAGCAGAAAGUGUUCCUUCCACUUACUCAUGCCUGUUUGGUAUAUCAGGCAAGAUGGAAGGACUACCAGAGGCCACCCUUGACUACGUACUCAACAAAAAGUUCUCUUAUAUUAUUGGAACUGGGCCUGCGAAUCGUACCUAUUGGGGCUUGAUGAAAAACCUCGGUCAGACAUUUCAUGGUAGCGAAAUACCUCGCUUCGGUGAGAAGGACAAGGAAGAAAUGAUUAAGGAACAUUGGAACGAUAAAAUUGCCCCAGGUGUCUCUGUAUCGGACCUAUACAACAACCGACUACGUCCACUAUUCAUGGCCCCAAUGCGCGAAUACACAUACAAGAGAUGGCAUUCGGGCCGAAUGAUGAUGAUUGGAGACGCGGCUCACCAGAUGACUGUUAUCAUUGGCCAAGGUGGAAACCAGGCUGUUGAAGACGCAGCAGCGCUGACCAAUCACUUGGUAUCAGCGUUAUCUUCCUCAACAACAGAACGCUUGUCGUAUGAAGAGAUACAACGUGUCUUUGAGGGUUACCAGCAAGCUCGCUUUGAUCGAGUGAGUCGCAUGGUUGAGCUUUCUCACCAGCGGCAGCUCAUGGAUUCGUUAGACACACCAGAGUUGGAGGAAAUAAUGUUGCAUAAGUUCCCAGCGACGCUUCCGGGAUCCGUGGUGCAAAGAUGGGAUCAAACAUUUGAGCCAGCGGCGUGUCUCUAUAACCUUCCAGUGCCUGCAAGGGCUAAGGAGUUUCGCUGGGUGAAUGAGCCAAAGGACUCGGAGUCAAAGGACAGCUGA